UCAGCCUUUAUUCUUUCCGCAAGAAAUUUUAAAAAGUAAAAAUUUAAAAAGAUAUUUAAAAAGAUAGGGAAUAUUGACAGUGUUUGAGUAUAAUACAUGCAAAAAUAAAUGACGAUCGGUACAAUGCAACACAGUCUGCCUACUUGAACUCAUGUAAAAGACUUGUUCUACGAAGCCUUUUGCAAUCGGAAAGCACAAAGAUUUAUAAAAGCUGAUGAUGUCCAGACUACCAGUAAUGAGCAUUCAUCUGUUUAACAAACUUGCAAGAAACAACUGCGUGAAGAGAACAUUAGCACUUUAUCAGUUAUCAUGCAAAUCCAUUUUUACUGUUCGAAAAUCAGGAAAUGUACUGAAGGCUGAAGAUCAAUUUCAUUUUGGAAAGAAGAAAUUAUUGAGACAGUCUCUGAGAAAUAUUUUUUCAUCACAUCCAGUGGAUAAAUUCCAUAUAACAGAGAGAGUUGGUGAUGGAGGUGGACUCCCAAAAGAAAAGGAUUCAGACUAUCAUGUUUUCUACAGAUUUCCACACAUUGUGUUACUUCGGACAAUCUCACGACUGAAAUUAUACCAGACAGGCUUUUUACUUUUGGCCUGUCCUUCAGCAUACACAUUGGCUUACCUUAAUGUAUUACCAGUGGGAAGUGCACAUGCUAGCGCUUGUUUGGCAUCUUUAGCUGGUUUAGUACUCUAUCUUAUGAGUGGCUACAUGAGAAAAUGGAUUGGCAUUAUGGCUUUGAAUCCAACAAACAAUAUGGUUAAGGUAUCUCAUUUGACAUUUUGGGGAAGGCGCAAUGAUGUAUAUAUGCCCAUAGUUAACAUUAUCCCAAUUUGUGAUCUAUCUGAUAAACCUAAUGAUGUGUUCAUAAAGUUUAAACGAUAUGAUAGUGGAAGUGACUUGUAUUUAUCACUCAGAUAUGGGAAAAUAACAGAUAUGGACAAAUUCACAACUGUUCUGGGGUCAAUACGCUAAAUUACUUGCUUUAAAACAUUUAAUAAUAUGAGAUACAUCAGAUGAAGUAUCCACAAAUUUCGAUCUUUAUCAAUUGAUUUUUCAUAAAUCCUGAAUGUACAUGUAGUCAGAUAAUAUGACAUACGAAUGAGUUAAUAAAUAUGAUGGACGUUGGACGUUAGUAAGUAU